CAAUGUUUUCGGACCCAAAGUUAGUGCCCGCACACGCGUACCGAUCCACCGAACAAUCAUCCAUAAAAGCAAGCGACAACAUGCAUGCUGCCGAUCACUCGCGACCGUUCGGACCGAUCGUGCGGACCGAUGUUUGUGUACACGCUUGUUCUGUUCGCGCUAGCGCUCUAUCUCGGUCUCCGGUAUGUGUACUCGUACUGGGCCCGCCACGGGCUGCCCCAUCUGCGUCCCGAAAUCCCGUACGGCAAUCUGCGUGCACUGGCCGAAAAACGGGAAUCGUUCGGUGUGGCCGUAAACGAGCUGUACGAACGCAGCACGUACCGGGUGGUUGGUGUGUAUCUGUUCUUCCGGCCGGCCAUACUUGUGCGUGAUGCUCACCUGGCGAAGCGGAUUAUGGUGGCCGAUUUCCAGCACUUCCAUGAUCGGGGUGUGUUCUGCGAUGAGCAUCGGGACCCAAUGUCGGCCAAUCUGUUCGCACUGCCGGGCGCCCGUUGGAAGCGAUUGAGAGCGAAACUGACACCGACCUUCACUUCUGGGCAGCUGCGUCAGAUGAUGCCCACGUUUCUGGACGUCAGCAAGAAGCUGUUGGAGCAGCUGGAACCGUUGGCGGCGGGUGGGCGUGUGGUGGACAUGCGAGACAUUGCCUCGCGGUACGUGCUGGACGUGAUUGCGUCGGUGUUUUUUGGCUUCGAGGCGAACUGUUUGCGCGAUCCGGAGGAUCCGUUCAUCCGCACGCUCGAGGACAUUAACAAUCCGAACAGUUUCAUGAACAACAUCCGUUCGGCGGGUGUGUUCGUGUGUCCGGGACUGUUGAAGAUCAGUGGGUUAAGUUCGCUGCCGCCCGGGAUGCGCCGGUUUGCGAUGGAAGUCGUCACGCGGCAGAUCGAACAUCGGGAGCGUAAUCCACAGGAACGGCGGAAAGAUUUUAUGCAGCUGCUGAUCGAUUUGAGACGCGAGGCGGAUAAGACGGACGAGUCCGAUGAUGGGCUGACGAUCGCCCAGUGUGCUGCCAAUGUGUUUCUGUUCUAUGUGGCCGGUGCCGAUACGUCGACCGGUGUCAUUUCGUUCACGCUGCACGAACUUACCCACAACCGGCAGGCGAUGGCCAAGGCACGCCAGGAGAUUGACGCAGUGCUCGAGCGGUACGGGGGCACCAUUAGCUACGAAAGCCUGCAGGAGCUAACGUACCUGGAUCUGUGCGUGAAGGAAACGUUACGAAAGUACCCCGGGUUGCCCAUACUGAAUCGUAUCUGCACCCGCGACUACCCAGUGCCGGACAGUGACAUUGUGGUGCGGGAAGGUACCCAGGUCAUUAUACCUCUGCUCGGUAUCAGCCGGGACGAGAAGUAUUUCCCCGAUGCGGAGGCUUACUUGCCCGAACGGUUCGAUGAUCAGGCACCGAACUACGAUCCGGACGCGUAUUACCCGUUCGGAGUUGGGCCUCGCAACUGUAUUGGACUUCGCCAAGGAAUAAUACUGUCGAAAAUUGGGCUUGUGCUGAUGCUGUCCCGGUUCGAGUUUGAGGCUACCAUCCCACAGAAGCUUCGAUUUGAGCCGGCUAACGUUACUCUCAUGGCGCACGGUGGUCUGCCGAUGAAGAUUACUUUGCGUGCGGAUCGUGCAUAGGGGGAGGCUUCAGCGGGCCGUUUAUCUCAUUUCUUUAUCCUAAGAGUAAACAAGUGUAUAUAAGAGUAGCUCCUAAGAAACGUCAAUACAUACGAUUUCAUAGUGUUCUGCUCUAUGAGCCACACUAUGGGCAGGCCAAACGAAUCGCCAGUGUAUUCCUUUGCUAGUGUUAUUUUCCUUGCAGCGUUCGAAUUUUAGGUUAUUUCUUGAUAAGUUCCGAUGUUUUGGGCAACGAAUUGAACGUUUUUACACGGGUUCAUGAAAGACGAUGAAUUUAAAUCAAGAUAACACUGGCUUAAGAGUAGCACAUAAGGAAAACGGUGAUGGUGAUGCUAUUUCAAUACAAACGAUUGCAUACUUUUAGGCUCAAUCGAUGGUGUAGCUCGUAAUAAAGGCGCCAUCUAGUGGAGAGUAGCUCAA